UCCAAACUGGGCCCGUGAUUUAUCUGUGCAGCGCCCAUCGUGAGAGAAAACGUGAACCAGUUGACAAUCAUCAAUUAGGAAUCAGCUGCACCACUUCUCACACUCACUUCAUUAUAUAUAAAUAUGUGUCUGUCUCUGUGUUGUGUGAUUUCAUCAUCACCGUCAUAAUAUUAAUUCCUGUUCGUUCUUCUUCGUGCUGUGGUUCCGAUGGGGCUGAGGAUCGACGAUCUGGUGGUGUGCGCGCCAUUGGAAUGCGAAAGCACUGAAGAAAUGGUUAAGUGUAUGGAGUCGGCGAAGAAGCAAGGCGCAGAUAUCGUCCACCUCUGCAUCGAUCUACCUCACAUUUCCGACCUCCAACAUCUCCUCUCUCUCCGAACCUUACCGUCCAUCGUUUCCUUCAGAAACUCUGAGCAAUUAGGUGUCCAAGUUCUAAAACGGGCCGUUGAAUUGGACAUCGAAUAUGUCGACAUUGACUACGAGGUUUGUUCGAAAGAGGUCAUAGCUGAACUCAGGAGGGAAAGAUCAAGGUCGAGCUCAAGGACGAGGAUCAUCGUCUCCAACCAUGUACAGGCGGGGAACGUUACCCGAGAGAAACUCGGGGAGAUGAUAAUCGAGAUGCAAUCAACCGAAGCAGAUGUGAUCAAGCUCGUGAUCGACGUCGGUUCAAUCACAGACGUCGCACCAAUUUUCCACAUGCUCACGCACUGUCAGGUACCUCUGAUUGCUAGGGCAACUGGAGAAAGAGGUCUAAUUAGCCAACUAUUGGGGCCGAAGUACGGCGCAUUCAUGGUAUGGGGAUCGUUGGGGGAGAAAUCCGUGCCUGGAUUGCCUCCUUUGUCCAGCAUCAAACAGGUUUACAGAUUAGAGAACGUGAAUGCGGACACGAAGAUAUUCGGCGUCGUCUCGAAUCCUGUAGGUCACAGCAAAGGUCCUCUUCUGCACAAUCCUGCAUUCAGAUACACAGGUUAUAAUGGCAUUUAUGUCCCUCUGUUGGUUGAUGAUGUCAAGGAAUUUUUCAGAGUUUACUCCUGCAACGAUUUUGCUGGUUUCAGUGUGGGGAUUCCACACAAGGAGACAGCUCUAAGCUGCUGUGAUGAAGUGCAUCCCCUUGCUCUGGGCAUAGGUGCAGUAAACACCAUUGUUCGGAGGCCGUCAGAUGGGAAGCUUGUAGGGUACAAUACAGAUUGUGAGGCAUGCAUAACUGCUAUUGAGGAUGCAUAUAGAGCACGGUGUGUCCUAAACGGACAAGAACAGAGUGUUUCACCUUUAGCCGGGAAAUUACUCGUCUUGGUCGGAGCUGGUGGAGCUGGACGGGCCAUAGCAUUCGGCGCCUGGAGCAGAGGAGCUCGAGUCGUCAUCUUCAACAGAAACUUCGAAAGAGCUAAGGCUCUCGCCGCAGCAGUGUCCGGCGAAGCCCUGCCAUACGAAAGUCUAAAUGAUUUCCGGCCCGAGAAUGGCAUGAUUCUUGCAAACGCCUCUGCUGUCGGUAUGGAACCGAAAGCAGACCGGACUCCCGUCUCCAAGGCUGCCUUGAGAUCAUACGAACUGGUUUUCGACGCUGUUUACACUCCACGCAACACUCGGCUCUUGCGAGAGGCUGCAGAGGUCGGAGCCACUGUCGUGCAUGGCGUAGAAAUGUUCAUCCGACAGGCUCUCGGGCAAUUUAAACUAUUCACCGGUGGAUUAGCGCCGGAGGACUUCAUGCGCAAGAUCGUACUCGAGCAAUUCUGAUGAACGCGACACAUCCCCAGCCGCGAUCGAGGAAGUACUCGGAAGGUCUUAGUGUUUGUUGUAGAAGAUAAAAUUAGCAUUAAGAUCUGAUCUGCCAUGUUUGUUUUGGAUAGUUAACUUGAACAAGAAAAGAUGAUCAUAUGUGUGAUUCAUGGAUGCCACAUUAUACAUUUA